AUGUUUAGGACAGCGACACCACCACCGAAGUGUUUGAGACAGCGACACCACCACCGAAGUGUUUGGGACAGCGACACCACCACCGAAGUGUUUAAGUCAGCGACACCACCAUCGAAAUGUUUGGGACAGCGACACCACCACCGAAGUGUUUGGGACAGCGACACAACCACCGAAGUGUUUAGGUCAGCGACACCACCAUCGAAAUGUUUGGGACAGCGACACCACCACCGAAGUGUUUGGGACAGCGACACCACCACCGAAGUGUUUGAGACAGCGCCACCACCACUGAAGUGUUUGGAACAGCGACACCACCACCGAAGUGUUUGGGACAGCGACACCAUCACCGACGUGUUUGGGUCAACGACACCACCAUCGAAGUGUUUGAGACAGCGACACCACCACCGAAGUGUUUGGGACAGCGACACCACCACCGAAGUGUUUGAGAGAGCGACACCACCACCGAAGUGUUUGAGACAGCGACACCACCACCGAAGUGUUUGGGACAGCGACACCAUCACCGAAGUGUUUAGGUCAGCGACACCACCAUCGAAAUGUUUGAGACAGCGACACCACCUCCGAAGUGUUUGGGACAGCGACACCACCACCGACGUGUUUGGGUCAACGACACCACCACCGAUGUGGUUGGGUCAGCGACACCACCACCGAAGUGUUUAA